UCUGUUAUUUUGUGAUAUACUGCUAAACCUUAACGUGUGUAUCAUGUGUAUAUGUUAUUAAAAUUAGGGCAGUUGUGUAAAGUCAGUCAUUUGGUCAUAUUUGUAGCUGUUUACCGAAAGUUUUUGGAUAAUUUAUCGAAGAGAUUCCACCCGAUGACAGUAACUGGGAGAAGAACAACUGUAAACUGUGGCCAAAAUUGACAUACGAGGACAUAGUGGACUAUUUGAUUCUCUCCAAAGCUUACGAUGGAAAAGCUUUGAAAGCAUUCCGUGCCAUGUAUGGAUAUAAUUACGUGCAAAAUGGCUGGAUGGGUGACAUAUAUUUUAUGUGAAACUGUGCGACGUUCACUUUCUGAAAGCAAAUGUUUCGCCAAGUCAGCCGGGUGUGGGACGUUCAGAUUAUUUUACCUGGGUUGCGAUUGCUAACAAUUGUACUGUUUUAACUGGUCAUUGUAUGUGUCCGGCAGGAAAUGGUAGGAGCUGCAGACAUAUAUCAGCAGUACUGUAUGCUGUAACACUAGCUUGGUCGAGCGGUGUAGGCGGUACUACAUGCACAGAUGUUUCUCAAGCCUGGGGCAGAGGAGCGUCAAAGUCUUUGACUCAUGAAAAGUUGUCGGAUAUCACAUUCAACAGGCCAAGUGCACACACAUUGAAAAUCUGUCGUGAAAAUGUAUCGAAUAAUGAUUCAACCCCUAAUACUAAUCAAUUUCUGGACCACAAAGACCUGGAAGAAAGUGUUCAACGGUCAGCCGUUAAGUCCCUUGUAUGUAAGGGAACAAUGCUAUACCAAAUUCUACAUGCACCUGAACAAGAAACUGUUGAAAUAAAUGACAUUACACACGGUCCACACAACAUUGAUCAAACCAGUCCAGUUACUAACAAGUUACCUUGCAAAAACUGUGAACACUUCUAUCAGAAAUAUAUCUGUCUCAGUCUGGAAAGUAUUGGCCUGGUGGAAUCAAAAACGAAGAACCAAGAUUCAAACCUGUGGUCAGAGACACGAAAACUGCGCAUCACUGCAAGUAAGGCUAACUCAGUGCCGAAAUCAAACAGAGCUGAUCCCAAUAAAUUUAUUAAUAAUCAGCUGUAUCCAAGAUUUAAGGGAAAUGCUGCUACACAGCAUGGUAAAAGGAAUGAACCAAAGGCCAUGGAAUGGUUCCAACAAGUGACUGAUAUCCCUGUGGCAAAGUCUGGAAUUGUGGUAUGUCCUGAAGAGCCAUACUUCGCUGCUAGUCCUGAUGGUAUUGUAAAUGAAAACACCAUCAUUGAAAUUAAAUGCCCCACGCGACCCUUGCAGGAUUUGAUUUCAUCCGGAAAAUAUGAUGUGAUAUUAAGAGAUGGAUUGCAAAAUGUUUUCAUCAAGUCUGAAGUGUCGUUCAGAAGGCACUCAGUAUCUUCCUAGAAGUUUUGAACAGCAUUAUGUAAUUGUUUUCUCAACAAUUUUGGUUUUCAAACACUUAACAUUGUUCACAUUUUUGACAGCUUUUUGCAGUUUCGUAGGUUUAAAUCUAAAGAUUACUUAAAGUACCUGAAUAUUUCAUUUUGUUUUUUAGUUUUUGUUCAGAGCUGCUUUUCAACAGUGAAUAUUUUAUUAAUAAGCCCAUAAAUAUCUCAAUACAAUGCAUGUUUUUCUGAAACUCAAAACCAAAAUGCUUUAUUUCUCACGUAAAUAACUGCAUAGAUACACUUCACAAUCACACAAAACAAGAUAAAUAUUCCAUUAAAAACAUUUUCCAUGAAAGGCAGCCCCAAAUUGUAACCCUGUUAUCAGUAUAUGGAUUUUAGCAGGGAUUUAUACAUAAUUGAUAUAUACAGAAUAUACAUAAAAAUACAUAUCAAUGUAAAAUGUAAUUGUUGACAACAAUAUUGAAACCAUCAAAUAAAAGAACAACAUAAUUAAGAAACUGAUAUUAAUAUAAUUAAACUGAUAGAUGCAUUAAUUCAAAAUGAAAAAGGAACAUUGAAUUAGUAAUGAAUGUUUCAUAUGAUUUCUUGGUUGACAAAAGUAAAGAAAGAGUGUUAGAUUAAUACUUUAAAGUUUUAACAAAUUAAUGAUAUCAUAAUAUUGAUAACAAUGAUUCAAAUUUCUUCCUACAUAUUUCUAAAUACAGCAAAAUACAGCGGUAACGUAUUUUAAAGCGCCGUUAUGGAAAAAUUAUCAUUGCUUGAGAAGUAUGGAACUAUACUAUUAUGUAAGAGUAUUUAAUAACUUGAUAACUAAAUAUUCCUCUACCAUUUUCUGAGAAAAUAACGAUACAAUAAAACAAGAUUACUGGAAUUGUAACGUAACAUGUGUAAAGUAUGUUACAAACAGAUUCCUCCUUCAAAUAAGUAUUUACACUAUAUUUUCAUAUGAUAUAGCUCAAAUAACACAAGUUGAUUGAUCACAGUUUAUUUCAUCAUGUUGUUCAGUUCUAGUUAUAUCUUGUUUCCAGAGAUGUCUGUUUUAGCAUAGAUUAAUUUUAUGCAAAUUAGCUAAAAUACCUAGCAUAGAAAAAACAUAUUUACUUUUAGAUAACAAAACACUAUUCUAGAAAACACUGAGAGACAUUAAGACCAGAUCAAAACUGUCUGAACUAUAUUUUCUAAAUAAUUGAUGUAAUAAAACAAGGUUAUUGAAAUGGUAACGCAACAUGUGUAAAGUAUGUUACAUACUGACUCCUCCUUCAAAAAGGUGUUUAAACUACUUUUCCAAACAA